UCCACUGCAAUUGUCGUAAUCGCUUUCGUGUUUUUGUGCAUGUCUUUUAGGACCGAUCAUAACCGGUGACCGUAAUGUUUUGUUUUUCUGCAAACCAACGUGUCUGUGUUGGACUUUUACGUUGGAAGUCCCUGGUAGCAUGUCUAAAUAACAACUCUUCCGUAUUGAUUCUGAAGGCGUUCUCGACCUCUCGUGCUUUAACCACAAAAACGGUGAACACGCCCCUGAAGCAGUGGGUUUUUGAUAUUAGCCCUUUUAGCAAAGUGCGGGUUCAGCUUCAGUGUGACAUAUCCAUUCAACCACUGGACCCACACCCUUUCCCCGAGGCAAACCGUGCAUUUAUCACCGUUCAAAGUACCAGCCCAGAUCACGGCGUUAAACUCGACAAUUUUCAUGUGCACUAUAAUGACCAAAACAAGGAACUGUUGAUAUUGUCCGAGAAGGCCAACAACGACGUGUCAGUUGAGCUGUUCGCUCCCGUAAAAAGCGACCUUUACAUCACCACUCAAGGAAAGGGCAAUGUGCUUAUCCAGAAGAUGGAGAGUGAUAUCUGCAGGGUGCAGACAGAGUGGGGGAACUGUGUGCUACACUCCAUAAAGAGUCAUCAGGUUCUGGUCCAGUCUCAGGGAGGCAACAUCACAGGGAAGGGAACAAUCCAUGGCAACGUGGAAUUCUGCACCUCUGGAAACAGUACUGUGGAGAUGAAGAAGAUCCAGGGUACUACUAUGAACGUGUCAACAGAACAUGGCCCUGUGAAGGUGAAAGCCAUCUAUGCUGAGUCCACCUCCAUAGAGUCCUAUUCAGGGAACAUCCAGCUGGGACAUGUACAUGGUGAUGCCAUAGUGUGGAAUAAUACUGGAGAUAUAAUUGUAGAUGGUUCUAACAAUGGCUCGCUGAAGGUGUCAUCCAACAGUGGAAACAUUGAUGCAUAUGUAGGAGAAAGUUGCAGUGCACAACUACACUCUCAGCAAGGUGCAGUGUCUGUGCGUGUCCCUUCCUCUAUAAGGGCAGGAGUACAGCUGUGCGGAGCAUCAGUGGAGGUCAGCCAGGAGAUUGUUCUGCAGCAGUCUGAGAGAGAUUCCAAAGAUAACAUGACCAUUGUCACUGGCUAUAUGAAUGGUCAGCCCCAGGGCGGCCAGUGGAUCAGAGCCCAGGCUGACAGAGGCUCCAUUAGCCUGAAGACUCAAAGCUGGUUUGAGUCUCUGAAGUUGGGCAGCUGAUGCUUCAGAGUUCACUCCCAGGCUUAGGCCUUGUUCCAACAGUUGUCAUUUUUCCUGUCUACAUACUGUACAAAGUCCUCAACCACUCGAAGUAGAUCCUUAAUCAUGCUUCCUUAAUAUUUGGCAGUGGGGAACCGUCAGGGCCUGCUAUGCCAUAAGGCAUAGGUAUAUAUAUAUAUUGUAUUAUUUAGUCAUUUUUUAUUGACUUAAUCUUUUCAAUUCUUUAAUGAUUGUUUGAUUACAUUUCUUUAGUUUGGGUAGGAAAGAGGUCCACCAAAGGGAGAAUUCGAUCCAAUCAGCUUGGCCAGGCCUUCAAGAACUGGACCAAAGGCAUCAGCCAUCCAGCUGGAUUAGAGCAGCAUCUUCAAAUGACAGCAGAAUCAAACUUUUUAUUUUGCUGUUUAUUUAGUCAUAUUUCUGUCUGGUACUGCAGAUCUGUUCUUCUUGCAUGGAGUGGACAUGGUCACUUUUGGGACUAGCUGUCACAAUUUGUGUCCAUGACUAUUGUUAUUUUAGUACAGGUGUACCACAUCUUGGUCGGUGUGCCUUGUGGGUUUUGCAAGUUGUCUCAUUCUGAGUUUGUAGGACACUGCUGUCUUGCUGCCCUUAGCACAGGCCAGAGUAGUAAGUUAUAUGGUCUGUACUCUCAUUCACUGUAAUGCAAAUUUUCCAGCUCUGCUAAAAGUCUUUCCACACCCACACUGUAUUUGCUCCAUGCAUAAAGAAAUCAAACAAACACCAUUUGCUUUUGAAGUAGGCUAUCUGAGUGCUCAACAUUUAAACAGCAGGUUUUAGGCUAUGCCAGUGAUUAGGCCAACUGUUUUAAACGCUCUGCACUCUAACCAAAUUAGGUACGCUCCACUCCAGUUCCUCUGGCUCAGGCCUGUCAGAUUCAUUUAGGAUGUCAUCGAAAAGCAUUGAUUCUCUUGUAUUAACGCUAGAUUAGGCUUGUAUGUCAGGCACCAAAAGUAAAUAAGUGAUGCUAUAAUUCCGCAAUUUAUUUCUUGAUUACUCUGCAACGUUUUAGAGGAUAUUUUCCCCCACUUAAGGUCUAGUCACGAUUCGCCACAGAUGUCUAGUGACUAUUUAUCCCACUGACUGCUGUAUUCCUCUGUUACUGCUGGACUAACAUAGGACAAAAAUAUUUAUUUAAAAUGAGGAAUUAAUUAGGAAUUGAUUCAGGAGCUUUGCAUAAAUGUGUAUAUACUGCAUUGAUUCUUUGAUAUAAAAUAUUUCCAAAUGUAAAAUAAUUAGGUUUGUGGUUAUUAAGUGUCUGAUAACUGUGCUAGUUAAUGUGUGUUAUUUCAGGGUUUUAAUAUACCUCUGCAUAUUUGUGUGAGAUUGUCAGCUUAGACUGUGGACAUUCAUGUUGUGUUGUCAUAGUCCUCUCCACAGUCCUUUAACUAAUUCAUUUUCUUUGUUAUUUUAGCUUUUGCCAAGCGCUUGUACUGGCUCCUCUUCUUCCCAGGUGUUUUUGGUCUUGUCAGGUCGUCUGAUUGGCUGCAGCUGCUGGCCCAUGCUGUCAUAGCCGAACCAGUAGGGGGUGUCGUCGUUACUAUGCUCCCACUGCUCAACACAAGACCGCAGCCUCAGAGCUGCCUGCCUACACACACACACACACACACACACACCCUGUGACUGUCCUUCCAAAUUCAUGUGUAGGUUCUAGAAUGUU